AUGAAUUCUCUAAAGAAGGAACUGAAAAGAGACAUGUGUAAGUGUUGCAGGAGUUGUCUCAAGGUAUUUCACUUCAAGACUAUGAAAGUGUUGUGUAUCAAGCCUGAUAAACAACUCAUCUCAAAGCUGGUGUUAGCAGCUGAAAAGAAACAACGUAAGUGUCUACUCAUGGGAAGUUAUCUGCAGUUGCAUACAAGAAGAAGUAUUGCAGGUUUUUCUUUACAGCUUGAAAGAUACAUCAAGGAUUCUAGAGUUGAUAUGGGUACUGUUUUGAAACUCGGUUUGUUCAAUCAGGUUAUUGACGUGAAUCUACAAUAGUAUAAGCUGUUGGUGAGAUUGACUACAAGUUGAAUCAAAGAGCCUCAGGUUAGAGGCUAAGAUGAUUCUGUUUUAUGCAUAUGAUUCGAGUGAAUUCAAAGGAUUUUGAUCUCGAUGCGCAUGAGGAAAUCCUAGAAGCUAGCUAAGGAAUCAAGUUUUGCAGAGGAUGAAUUGGUUACUUCAAUCACUGCUACAUGUUUAUGGUCUUAACAGAGGCCAUGGUGGAGAUAUGUGAUUGAACGUUUUAUAAGUAAUGAAGCUAAUGGAGAUUUAUGUUGUGUUUAAAAAGCUGGAAUUGUUCU